AUGACUGUAUGGGCAUUUCCAGCACUCGUCACAAGCUCCAAAAAUACCUUAAGACGCAAGUCGCGCGUUGAAAGACUCAUCUUCUAUAAACGACGCGGGAUUCGACGCGCUCCAAGAUUGUAUGGAACAACAAGAACUCGUCAUGAGCGCCAAGCGCAGGCUGCCGGUCGUAGGGAGGGGAAUACGUCUUCGAUCGAGGAUGCAGACGUAACGGUCCAAUAUUGUAUAGGUACGUCAAAAGAUUUCGUCACCGGUACCCAGGCCGAAUUCGGACUGCAAUCGCGCUGUGAGGAACACGCCUUCGGUGGGGAUGCGGCUACGGCAGAGACAUCGAUCUAA